UCUUUGUUUGUUGGGUCUCAGGAGGAGAAGAAACCAGAAGCAGCAGAGGAGAAGAAGAUGGAAGAGAAGAAACCAGAAGAUGAGAAAAAAGAAGGAGAAGAAAAGAAAGUGGAAGCUAAUGAGAAAAAAGGAGAAGAUUCUGAGAAGAAAACUCAAGAAGAAGAAUCUACUAAAGAUUCCAAAGAAGCUUCUCCUCCGAAGGCAGAGGUUCCAGCACCUCCUCCUCCGCCGCAAGAGAUCGUCCUUAAGGUUUACAUGCACUGUGAAGGCUGUGCUAGAAAAGUCCGCCGUUGCCUCAAAGGCUUCGAAGGUGUGGAAGAUGUGAUGACUGAUUGUAAAACGGGGAAAGUGGUGGUGAAGGGAGAGAAAGCUGAUCCAUUGAAAGUGUUAGCAAGAGUUCAGAGGAAGACCCACCGUCAAGUUGUGCUUCUUUCUCCGAUUCCUCCGCCGUCUCCACCGCCGGAGAAGAAAGCAGAGGAGGAGAAACCCAAAGCGGAAGAGAAGAAAGUGGAGCCUCCCGUAGUGGUUACGGUGGUCCUCAAGGUUCACAUGCACUGCGAAGCUUGUGCGACGGAGAUCAAGAAACGGAUCAUGAGAAUGAAAGGAGUGGAAUCUGCUGAAUCCGAUUUAAAGGGUUCUCAAGUGACGGUGAAAGGAGUGUUUGAACCGCAAAAGCUCGUAGAAUACGUUUAUAAGCGGACUGGAAAACAUGCUGCGAUUAUGAAAAUUGACCCACCGCCUCCACCGCCACCGGAGGAGGCAGCUGCGGCAGCAGAAGCAGAGAAGAAGGAAGAAGGAAAAGGAGAAAAUGGCGGAGGAGAAUCCAAAGGCGAGGAAGGGAAGGACGAGAAGGCGAAGACAGAUGAAGAAAAGAAAGAAGGGGAUGGCGGCAAAGGGGAAGGUGAAGCCGGGAAAAAUGGUGGAGGUGAUGAAAGCGGUGGCGGUGGGGAGGAAGGUGAAAAAGUGGUGGAGGUGAGGAAGAUUGAGAAUCCUUAUUACUACUAUUAUUACCAACCGCCGCGUGUGGCGAUUCCGCCUAUGGAAAUGCCGCCUCAUGCUUAUCCGCCUCAAAUAUUUAGCGACGAGAAUCCAAACGCAUGUACCGUUAUGUAA